CAGGUAUUCAUGUUGUAUCACAUAGGGCAUGAUGUUACUAUGUUCCGUAUAGCUAUUCUAGUAUUUACAUGAAAGUUAAAACAUCAUAAUGCGACACGUGUGGACAAAUUUAAGCUAAGAAUCAAAAACUUCCUCCAAGACGAAAUUAUAGAGCAAGAUAAAACCACAGAGGAGGCUAGAAAUGAUUUGCAUACUAUGCCAUAACGCGAACCGUUUCAUCGUGUGGUGGCAACAAUAGUCUCAGUAUUUUAAAGCCAGUGAUGCGUGAAUGAACAGACUGGGACCACCGGGUGCUGUAACAUGAGGUUCCGAAGACAGUGUUUCGGUAUGGCUAAGACGGUUUCCAUAGCCCUUGUAGCCGGCAUCGUGGUUUGGCUUGUCCUUGCCAACAACUGGCCAACAAAAGAGCCAGAUGAAUCGCCGAAGUUUCCAAAUCCACCGAGAGGGGUGAAGAACAAACCGAGUCCAGUACACGUGUCCGCCGAAAUACAGGAGGAGGUAAAACCUGUAGAGCAGCCCAAGACCAACUCCUCGCUGAUGGAUUUUACCCAAGCCCAGGAGGCUGUGCAAUCCAAGAGGAAAGCCAUCUUACGGGAAACCUGUAAACGCAACGGGAUGACUUCCCAGGCAGGUCCUCCUAUGUUCACGAAGAGACACAUCUACGUCGUGGACAAGUAUAGAGUCAUGUAUUGCUUCGUGCCUAAAGUAGGAUGUAGCAACUGGAAGCGGAUCAUGAUGGUACUCGACGGUGAGACAGAUACGGUAGAAGGCCUUACUUCUGAUGAGGUGCAUACAAAGGCCCACCUGAGAUUCUUCAACUCGUACACUCCCGGACAACAGGAGCAUCGACUGAAAAACUAUCGCAAGUUCUUCUUCGUCCGAGAGCCACUGAAGCGUGCACUGUCCGUGUACCGCAACAAAUUUGAGGACUUGGCCACCUACCGCGGCAACCUGCACUUCCACACCUUCGGGAAGCAGAUCAUUAAGAAGUUCAGGAAUGGGCCUUCUCAGGCUGAGUUAAAGACUGGCGAGAAUGCAACCUGGACGGAGUUUGUCGACUACCUGACACAUCCAACGGAACGAAAGGAGGUCGAAACAGACAUCCACUUCAGCGAUCAUUGGAGGCAGAUGAAUCAAAUCUGCUCUCCGUGCAGCAUCGACUAUGACGUCAUCGGUAACCUAGAAACUGUUAAUGCCGACGCCAAGUACGUUCUGAACAUGCUAAAAGCACCAAGUAAUGCACAGUACCUGUCCUCAGCGGGCAGCCGCCCGACAAACAGCUCAGACAAAGGCACGUUCGAUAAAUACUUCUCCAAACUCAACAAGAAACAGCUGACGCAACUCUGGGAACUUUACAAACUGGACUACGAACUAUUUGGUUAUACAAAACCAGAAAUAAUUCCUACAUAGCUAUGACAACUCUUUUUUCCUUUAAAGUUCAAAACCUUUAGAACAUGAGAUAGCCCGAGUUUCAAAUUAAUACCUCAAAGUUUUGGGUUUUUUUUUCAGUGCGCUCAAGUAUGUGUAUUCUGUUGUUAAAAAACAUUAACUAUUUUUUGCAAAAAGUGGGACUAUAUAAUCAAGAUCUACACAACCGAUUUGUUUUAC